AUGACAACCUUAAAAAAUCUUCAAGCCAUAAAGUCAGAUUUAGUGAGAAUAGAUGAGAAGUGGGAAACAUGGGAAAUGCAUGAUCUAAUUGAGAAUAUUCAUGCAUGGCUGAGAAGAAACAAACCAGAUGACACAGGCAGGGAGACAGAAAAAAGAGAAAGGCACUGGUAUGCUGGAGAUUCAAACAGAGAAAAGAGAAAGCCAAAGUGCAUUUAUUGUGAUGCAGAGCACUGGUCAGACAAGUGUGACAAAUAUGAAACAACAGAGAAAAGAAAAAAACAUUCUAGAGAUAACAAGUUGUGCUUUAAUUGUGGGAAGAAAGGACACAGAGGAAACAAGUGUUUUAGCAGAGGAUGUUACUACUGCAAAGCAAAACAUCAUAGCAGCUUAUGUGAAAAAGAAGAAAAGAAAGGUUCUGUGCUUACAGGCUACUCUCCAUCUCCAGAAGAGACAGUGCCACCAAUUAUACCUGUUGCAUCAAAUGAUGAGACAUUAUGGGCAUUUUUAGACACUGGGUCAGGGAGAAACUUUAUUUCAACUGAUGCCAUCAAGAUGCUUAAAUUGAAGCCAAUCAGACAUGAAACAAAGAAUAUCAUGACUGUCAAUGGAACAAAGAAGCAAGCACUGCCAAUAUACAAAGUAGUUGUGAAGUCAGUUGACAACAAAGCAUCAGAGGAGAUAGAAGUCACAGGAACAAACCUAAGAGAUUUCACAACAAUAACAAGGCCUGAUUUGAAGGAGCUAAAAACUAUGUAUAAACACACAAGAGACAAAGCAUAUUUCAUGACAUCCUCAAGGAAGUACACAAUUCAUAUAAUUCUUGGAGACAAAUUCUACUCCAAAAUUAAAACAGAAGAUAUUUUCAAAGGCAAACCAGAAGACCCAAUAGUUGAAGGGACAACUUUUGGUUGGGUGAUUCAUGGAGGAGAAUUUUCAGACAAUCAAUGUAUGUUUACCAGAGAAACCAGUGACUAUGAAAGGCUUUACAGUUUAGAUGUUUUAGGGGUGGAAGAUAGAGGUGAAAAUGAUCAGCUUGAUGUGAUGAAAGAAUUUCAUGAAAAUAUUUGCAGAAAAGAGGACGGCAGAUAUGAAGUAAAUGUACCAUGGGUACCUGGGACCAAAUUAACCAAAACAAAUGAACUUCAAAGCAAAAGGAGACUGCAAAAUCUGGAGAGAAAAUAA